CGGUCUAUAUACACCCUCUUUAGGUCUUCUCUUUCGAAUCACUUUCAUGUUUCAGUUUCAAAUCUCAAUGGUCCAACUUUGCUCAUGUUUGAAGCUGUUUCCAAGGAAAUUUCCUUUCAACUUCCUCUGGAAGUGAGAUAGUGGUUUUCUAAGCAGCAUUCUGAAUUUGGCAUCCUAGAGAUGGCAGGCAAAGAUAGUCUCCAUUCAUCAGGAAAUGGGAGGAGAAUUCCAAUUUUCAAUUUCUUUACAGAUGCUAGACUAGUUUUCAAAUCUGACAAUCUUGGUCGUGAAAUAUUGUCAAUUGCAUUGCCUUCAGCAAUGGCUUUGACAGCUGACCCUAUUGCUUCCCUGGUUGACACAGCAUUCAUUGGUCAAAUAGGUCCAGUGGAGCUUGCAGCUGUAGGGGUGUCCAUAGCACUCUUCAAUCAAAUAUCAAGGAUUGCAAUAUUCCCACUAGUUAGUGUCACUACCUCUUUUGUUGCUGAAGAAGAUACCCUUAAUGAAGCCUGUCCUUUAGUAGAGAAGAGUAAAUGCUUGGAAGAAGCUCCAAUUAUGGCUGAUGAAAUAAAAGAACUAAUGCCACGUAAAGACACAGGUGGAAAUGAUCAAAUAUUAGAUUUGGUUGGUAUUGACUUUAAGGUUGAACAUAAGAGAAAGCAUAUCCCUUCUGCUUCAUCAGCAUUAGUUAUUGGUGGUAUUAUUGGGCUCAUCCAGACAAUGUUCCUCAUAUCUGCUGCAAAACCUUUAUUGAACUACAUGGGGGUAACCUCAGACUCUCCUAUGCUAAGCCCUGCUCAGAACUACCUGAUAUUGAGGUCCCUUGGUGCUCCUGCAGUUCUUCUCUCAUUAGCAAUGCAGGGAAUCUUCCGAGGAUUUAAAGACACUAAAACACCUUUAUAUGCCACAUUGGCAGGAGAUGUGACCAACAUAGCAUUGGAUCCUUUGUUCAUAUUUGUUUUCCGUUUGGGUGUCAGUGGUGCAGCUAUUGCUCAUGUUAUAUCUCAGUACCUAAUUUCUGUUAUACUUCUAUGGAGCUUGGUGAAAAAAGUUGAUCUUAUACCUCCAAGCAUCAAGCAUCUACAGUUUGAUCGAUUUCUUAAAAAUGGCUUUCUUUUACUAAUAAGAGUAAUUGCUGUAACAUUCUGUGUGACACUGUCAGCAUCAUUAGCUGCGCGUCAGGGACCAACAUCCAUGGCUGCAUUUCAAGUCUGCCUGCAGAUUUGGUUAGCAGUGUCCCUUCUUGCUGAUGGUCUGGCUGUUGCUGGCCAGGCAAUUCUUGCAGGUGCAUUUGCCAACAAGGACUAUGAAAAGGCCAAGGCAACCGCAUCACGAGUAAUACAGCUAGGUUUGGUUCUGGGGUUGGCUCUAGCAUUCAUUCUUGGAACAGGAUUGCAUUUUGGAGUUAAACUUUUUACAGAAGAUGUUAAUGUCCUUCACCUCAUCAGAAUUGGGAUUCCGUUUGUAGCAGCCACUCAACCCCUCAACACUUUGGCAUUUGUAUUUGAUGGUAUCAACUUUGGGGCAUCUGAUUUUGCUUAUUCAGCCAUUUCUUUGGUUGUGGUGGCAAUUGUGAGCAUAAUUUGUCUACUUAUUUUAUCAUCUGCUGGAGGUUUCGUAGGAAUUUGGAUUGCUUUGACCAUCUAUAUGGGUCUUAGAGCAUUUGUUGGCUUUUUGAGGAUUGGAACUGGAUCAGGAGCUUGGGAGCUGCUUAGAAGCUGAAAGUGACAGCAGCAUCUACACAUCAAAGCUUGAUAUUUGUUUGGCCCCAUGAACAUGAUCAAAUAUCUAAUCCAUUGUACCAGGUGGAUUGAUUGAAAUGCUAUUCUUGUGCUUCAGAAUAUGUACAGAAAAAAAAAAUCUGCAACUGUGCUAUGACAUACACAGAAAAUAAAUAAAUGAAAUAAUGGAUCGAGACUAUGCAUGUAACUCUGCAUAAAAAGUAAUUUGAAAAACUGACAACACGAAAACGAAAUAAAGAUUCCAUGUUCUCUUUUUGAUCCAUAUA